AUGUCACUGAAUCACAUAAGACACAAAAGUGAAAUGUGAAUGAAUGUGACGUUCGGUUUUGGUAGUUACAUUCGCUGGUCACUGUUUUGGUGAUGAAAAAGUAAACAUAGGUCUUAGUUUCUGUCCAUAUACUUUACUUUCUAUUGAAAACGUGUAAUUGCUAAACAAAAAACUCAAAAUGGACUUCCUUGGUGAUAAUGGGGGUUUGGGGCUUACAACAGAACAAACGGAAAAAGUUUUACAGUUUCAAGACUUGACUGGUAUAGAAGAUAUGACAAUAUGUAGAGAUGUUCUUCAAAGACACCAGUGGAAUCUGGAGGUAGCUGUGCAAGAGCAAUUGAAUAUUCGAGAGGGGCGUCCUUCAGUGUAUGCUUCAGAAUCUCGACCUCCUGCUGUUGUAAGCGAUCAUCUUGGGCAACACUUCUAUUAUGCACCACCAACGGAUGGUUCAGGCAGUGGUGUCUCAGGGGCAAUAAAAAGUGUUUUCAGUUUCAUGUGGAACAUGUGCUAUAGUACUCUUAUAACUUUCUUGCAAAUAGGGCGAAGACUACUUGGUUUGGAAUUUCGACCUAGAACGGAUCCUACUCAAGAAGUUAUGGAUUUCAUUAGGUCUUAUGAAGAAAAAUAUUCUCGUGAUCAUCCAGUAUUUUACCAAGGCACAUUUUCACAGGUUUUAAAUGAUGCCAAACGAGAACUCAGAUUUCUUUUAGUAUAUCUACAUAAUGCUGAUGCCAUAGACACAGACACAUUCUGCCGUGAAACAUUAUCAAAUCCUGACGUAGUGCGGUUUAUUAACCAAACUUUUCUCUUCUGGGGCUGCUCAAUAAAUUCUGAAGAAGGAAGGAGGACUGUGCAUGCUACAAAAUCCAAUCAUUACCCAUUUCUGGCAGUAUUAGUUUUGAAGGAAAAUCGAAUGACGAUUGUAGGUAGAUUAGAAGGAUUUUCAGAUCCAGGGUUGUUAGUUCAAAGGCUAAGUUCUGUCAUAAAUGAAUAUGAGAUAAAUUUAGUUUCUGCCAGAGCUGACAGGUUUGAAGCUAGUCUAAAUAGGUCUUUAAGAUCACAACAGGAUGAGGCAUUCCUUGAGAGCCUCAGAGCUGACCAAGAAAAAGAAAGAAGGAGAGAGGAGCAAAGAUUGGCUGAAGAGGCCAAGCAAAGAAGACUGGAAGAGGAAGCAAGAGCUGAAGAAGAACGCAGGCAAACUAUUGCCCAAGAAAAAAUUAAUUCAGUUUACAAAGUUCCUGACGAACCAGAGGCAUCUCAUCCUGAUGCUGUACACGUUGUUUUCAAACUACCUUGUGGUAGUAGAUUGGAAAGAAGAUUCCUCAAAACACAUUCCCUGGAGUCUGUGUUCUUUUUUGUGUUCUGCCAUCCAAAAGCUCCCGAUUCAUUUGAAAUAACCACAAACUUUCCAAAACGAGUACUGAAGUGUCAACCUGAAAAUGCAGAGUUUAUGGAAACUCUAGAGCAAGCUGGACUUAAGAACAGAGAAGUUUUAUUUAUCAAUGAUUUAGAUGCAUAAUAACAUUGAAUCAAUAUGUGAAAAUAUAUUUAAGGUUAUUGUAGAAUGGUCUUAAUUUUUCAUAAUUUAUAUUGAUAUGUUUAGUUUAAGACAAUAUAUCACAUUGUUUUUUUUUUUCUAAAAAAAUUUCGGCAUUCUUUGAUUCGGUGUUGAAAAUAAAAAAAAGAUCACUUGGAGGUAUUUCCUUUCUCGAAUAAAAAUUCGGUGAGCAAGGAUUUUUAUUCAUUUUAUUUUUGUGUAUAUCAUUUUGGUACAGCAGUUUGUAUAAUAUUGAAAAUUAAUUCGACAGGGUAUAACCUCUGGAGUAGGCUUUUGAAAUAUGAGUAAACUUAUGUACAGUUCUCAUAAUUCAUUUGGAAACGUGAAGGGUAUUUGAGUCACUUUUUUAUCAUUGAAAUUAAACAGUUUAUUUUUUCAAACUAUAACCUAUUGUGUCACUUGUUGAUAUUUAAAAUUAUUUAUUUUAAGGUAUAAGAACAAAUUAAUUUUUUCUCUUGGCAAACUUUAGAACUUUACAAAAUAAAAUGACAUCAUGUCAACAAUAUUUACAAAUAUUCUCCACAUUUAUUUGAACAGUAACUGGGAGAAAAAAUGAGGACUUGUCCAUAUUAAAAUGCUUUAUGUAGAUGUAUGUGACGUCAUUGCCAGGAUGGAUAGACUUUGAAUGUCAAAUCUACAUUUUAUGAAUGUGAUUAGCUCUAAAGUGGUUUAUAGAUUCAGCUCGUUAAGAAUCCUUUGACCGGCACGACGAAAACCCAGCAAAUCUCUGGUGCCUAUACCGAUACCAUAUUGUUUAUAUCCUGGAUUGAUGUCUACACAAUCCUAGUUGAACCACAGCAUCCUCUUUAAAAAUUUUCAAAUAAUUAUAUCUGUGAUAUAAUUCAAAAUUUUGGGAAUUAAAAAAUAUUAAUUUUCCAAUUGGUGAGAAAACUAAAAUACAUUUUUCUAAUUCGCAGAGUACGAUAGAGUAAUUUGAUUGAUAUUUUUAGAGGUUUUACUUGAAAUUUUCUCAGUAAAAUGGUAAUCUUAUAAUUUAUACAUCAAUAAUUUUCAAAUAGGUAUUUACUGAUCAAAGUAGUAUGCUGCAAAUUGACCGUUUUGCAUUAUUAUGAAGUAUAAUGAUCAUCAAUACUUCAAAUGAAAUGAAAACACCAUUCUUUGUA